UCAAUGAGCAUGAGGUGGUGACUCUGUUUCUUCAACAACCUUUUUGGUGCACAGUACUCUACAGUCAAUAAACUUCAACUAAGCGAGUGCUUUUGAAGACCAGUAAAUGCUAACCAUGUCCCCCUACUUCAUUGCAAGGACAUGACUACAUGCAUGCUUGUCCUGUCACUGGCUGGGGCAAUUGAUCGAACGCCUGUCUUGCAUUGCAACCACAUGCUUGUGUAGCUUUCUAGGCAGGUCCACUUAAGAGGGUGAUGGAUCUGAGCUCCAUCAUCUCCAGAAGUCCGCUUCUUACAUACCUUACAGUUUACCAUCUUCAUCUCCUAGCAAAGCACUGCCGCACUCAUAAUCAGUCAAUUUCUCGUUUUCCUGCGAUCGUGUUCUUUGAUUUAUUGAGUGCCUCCACAACAGCUGCAACGCAUGAAUGCUUGCACUCAAUCUUUCUCCUUUUGAUCACAGAGGAGUGCCUUGGUGUCUCAAAUGGCUUGCUUCUUCAUGAGAGAUCAAUGAUGACGAUGAACUUUCAAGCUUUUGGAGGUUCUGCACCAAUCAUGAUGCUCCCAGUACUCUGAAUCCUCGAUAUGCUUUCUGUUCUUCGAUCAAUCCAACACUAUCAAGCCUAUAAACGAUAUGUUCUUCCUUCGACUGUACUGCACGACCACUGAGCACCUCGCAUCUCUCACUGCUUUGAGUUCCACUAGACUAUAUCCUGUCUUCUAGUCUUCCCUCUUCAUCCGAAUCCACAGAUAAUAACCAGAAGACGUAAGCAGCAUGACCUCCUCUGCUUCUGGUUCUCAAUCCUUUCUUCUGUUUCUGUUCCUUUGUCUUCUGCAACCCUUCACCUCCGAUUCCCACAGAGUAGCAACGACGACAAAUCCCACUGCUUCGAAGGUGCCAUCUUUGUCCCUUGUGCUACCACUUACAGUUCAAAAGGUGCCAUCUUUGUCGCUCCCCACGCCACCCAACAAGCUCCUCUUCCACCACAAUGUCAGCCUCACCGUGCCCCUCGCCGUCGGCACGCCGCCGCAGAACGUGACCAUGGUGCUCGACACCGGCAGCGAGCUGUCCUGGCUCCUCUGCAACUCCUCCUCCGCCGCCGCGUUGUCCUUCGACCCCCAGUGCUCGUCUUCCUACUAUCCCGUUCCCUGCUCCUCACCGGCUUGCAGCGACCGCGGCCGCGACCUCCCCAUGCCGCCCGUCUGCGACGCCUCCUCCACUGCCGGUUUCUGCCACUUUUACCUCUCUUACACUGACGCUUCCACAGCCGAGGGCGUCCUCGCUACCGACUCCUUCCUCUUGGGCAGCUCUUCCCCCGUGCCCACCGUCUUUGGAUGCGUGGCUUCCACCUACUCCUCCGCCGGUGGCGACACUGAUGCCGCAGGGCUGCUUGGCAUGAACAGGGGAUCCCUUUCCUUCGUGAACCAGAGCGGCAUCCGCCGAUUCUCCUACUGCAUCCCGGACGACGACGCCUCCGGCGUGCUCGUCCUCGGCGACGCCGAGCCCCCUUUCCCACUCUCGCUCAACUACACCCCUCUGAUCCAGAUCUCCCUUCCCCUGCCCUACUUCGACCGGGUCGCCUACACCGUCCAGCUCGAGGGCAUCCGCGUCGGCGACAACCUCCUACCGAUCCCCAAGUCGGUGCUCGUCCCCGACCACACCGGCGCCGGGCAGACCAUGGUCGACUCCGGCACCCAGUUCACCUUCCUCCUCGGCCCCGCCUACGACGCGCUGAAGUCGGAGUUCUCGCGGCAGACGAGCGGCGCGCUCGUCCCCCUGGACGAGCCGGACUUCGUCUUCCAGGGGGCGUUCGACCUCUGCUUCCGGCUCCCGGCGGAGAGGGACGCGCCGCCGCCGGGACUUCCUACGGUGGUACUCCUGCUCCGCGGCGGAGCGGAAGUGGCAGUGGCGGGGGAGCGCCUGCUGUACCGUGCGGCGGGCGACGCACCCGGCUCCGACGCUGUGUGGUGCUUCACGUUCGGCAACUCGGACUUGGUGCCGCUGUCAGCGUACGUGAUCGGACACCACCAUCAGCAGAACGUGUGGGUGGCGUACGACCUGGAGAACGCCCGUGUCGGGUUCGCGCCGGCGCGCUGCGACCAGGCGAGUCGCCUACUGGGCGUUGCGAGCACAUGACCUUCAUCAUCAUCAGCUUCCUCCAUUCGAUUCCUUUCCCCACAAUGGCGGAGCUUUGCAGAAACACAUCAAGUUACGAGGGUUAGAGCCUGUGUGUAUACGUGCCUUCUUCCACUGCCACAUUCAUCAUGCUUAGACUCAUAUGAACUUUGAUGUCGUUUUCUCGA